AUGGCAUUAGUGGCAGGCAGCAGGUUUGGUAACACACGCACAGGUAAAGCGCGAGCGGAGAGAUGGGGGUUGGUUUUGAUUUGGAGACAGGGAUGAGACAGAGCAUGGGAUGGGGCCAUCAACAAAGUGGAGGGACUAGCUUGCGAGGCAGAAAGAAGGUGCCAGUGCCGGUGCCUCCCCGGUGAAACGAUGAUGGGAGUGUUGUUGCUCCCUCCCCUGCACUGCCUCUUCCCUGGCUCCGAUCCCCCACCGUUGCCCAUCCAUCAUCUCCCUCUCGCUCUCGUUUAUGCUCUUGCCUGCAUUCUUUUUCACAGUAGGCAUGCAGUACUACUUUUGGUUCUCUUUGCAAUAUAUAUACUGCAGGUUUGCUAAUCGCUAAGAGCCUAAGAAUCUUCCGCCUGGAGUGGACUGUACUUUCAGGAAAAAUCGUUCUAAAAUAUCCGGUCUGCAUCUUCGGGGAGGACGAUUGGGCGCGACGAUGCCUCGGUACCCCAAGAAACAGGAUCCCAUCGAUCGGUGCUCAAGCUCGCCAGCAACCAAAGAAAAGAUGCCUCCAAGAAAAACAAUUUCCAGCUUCCCCGAUUCAACACAUGUGGAUUAGCACAAACUCUCUUGUUUAGCUUUGAUUUAGAUCUAGUUCCUCUGAAUUGGUCCCACCUAAUUCUUGACCCUUCGGGCGGUGUAUAGUCGGACGGAGGACUCUCGUUAAUUAUUACCAAAACGCUGCAAGAUGAUUUCUCACUGAAAUCCGGUGUUGGGUGCAAACAUGAUCUGAUCUAGUACUA